AUGGUUGGGAAAAAGAUGUCCUCGAGUCGCAAGCAUCAUCUAAAGAGCUUGAUGCUCUCCAUUGCUAAAGGUUUACUGGAGGUAGAAGCAAAGGAGAGAGAGGAAGAGAGGGAAAGUUGCAUGGCAGAGCUGUGUCCUCCUCUGUCUUUGCCAAGUGGUGUGCAAGCUCUUCAGGAGCUGUGCAAAGAACUUCACCAUAAGAUCGACAGGAUUGAUGAGGAUAGAUAUGAUCUGGAAAGCAAAGUUAACAAAAGCGGAAAGGAGAUUGAGGAUUUAAAAAUUAAAGUUCAGGAUCUGAAGGGCAAAUUUAAGAAGCCGGCUUUGAGAAAAGUGCGAAUGUCUGCUGAUCAGAUGCUGCAGGCUCUGCUGGGCUCCAAACACAAGGUGUCUCUGGAUCUGAGAGCCAACCUGAAACAAGUCAAGAAGGAGGUGAAAGAAGAGGAUAAAGAACUGCGUGAUGUUGGUGACUGGCGCAAAAAUAUUGAAGACAAGUCUGGCAUGGAUGGCAGGAAGAAGAUGUUUGAGUCUGAGGCUUAA